UCUUCUCUUCAAGUUGCAAGGGCAAGGCCACAUCACGUUCUCUUCAUUUUCUUGAUAGUUCGAUUGAGUAGAAUCCAUGGGGAAGCCAUUUAAUAAGAAGAUAACUUGGGUGAUCAAGAAUUUCUCCUCUUUGAAAUCUGAUCAAUUCAAUUCUGAUAAAUUCGUGGUCGAUGGCUGUAAAUGGUAUAUUUAUGCCUAUCCCAAGGGAAAAGAUAACGAUCACUUGUCCUUGUUUCUGGAAGUCGGCAAUUAUGAAUCAUUGCCUAUUGGAUGGAGAAGACACGCAAAAUAUUCAUUUACCAUAUCAAACCAACGUUCAGAAAAACUCUCCAGAAAACAUGAAUCACAACAGUGGUUUGAGAAGAAGAGUCCCGGCUGGGGUCGUCUAUCCAUAAUGCCCCUUAACGAGCUCCACGCCAAAGAUGCCGGAUUUCUUGUAAACGGGGAUCUCAAAAUUGUUGUUGAGAUAGAUGUUCUUGAAGUUGUUGGCAGAUUAGAUGUGACAGAGGAAACUUCAACAAUAAUAGAAACAAUGGAUGUUAAUGGGUUUCAGAUUCUUCCUUCACAUGCAGAAUCUGUGAGCCGUAUGUUUGAAAGACACUCGGAGCUUGCAUCUGAGUUCCGUCCAAAGAACCCAAAUCUAAGGACAGCUUACAUAAGUUUUCUACUCAGUCUGAUUGAGACUAUGUGCCAGUCACCGCAGGAGCUCUCCCAGGAUGAUCUGACUGAUGCUUAUGCUGCAAUGGGAUUCAUGAGAGAUGCUGGAUUUAAGCUGGAUUGGUUGGAGAAGAAGCUUGAUGAGGUGUCGGAGAAAAAGAAG